UCCACCGGAACCGGGUCCGCUUCGUCGAUUAGUUUGCCAGUUUGGUCAUAUUUUGUAUUCAACCAGUUCGACGCGUGCCACGACUAUUUACGCUAAUGUGCAUCUAUUUCGAGGACUUAAGCACAUCGAACUUUCGAAUGAACCUAUUUUAAAAAUGUUCCGGGAAAGAAAAAGAUGAACGCUGUCGGGUGUGCAUCCACUCAACAAUAAUUAGGACCUAGACUUAGGCCUAGUGUGUCGGGACUGCAAGUAACAUUACAAACAACAAUCGUUUUACUACAACAGAUUCUUAUUGUGUACAGACAUGGACGAUAUUUUCACACAAGUUAGAGAAGGAAAUGCUUUCCAUGUUCGAGUAUGGCUGGAUAACACUGAAAACGACCUGAACCAAGGGGAUGACCACCGGUUCAGUUUGCUCCACUGGGCGGCCAGAGAGGGGCGUAAUAACAUUGUGGAUAUGUUGAUACAGCGAGGGGCACGCAUCAACGCCACUAACAUGGGGGAUGACACGGCAUUACACCUUGCCGCCAGCCAUGGUCACCGUGACAUAGCUCUCAUGCUUCUACACAACAAGGCAAAUAUCAAUGCUGUAAACGAACACGGGAAUACACCACUUCACUACGCAUGUUUCUGGGGCCAGGACUACGUAGCAGAGGAUUUUGUCAACAAUGGAGCACUUGUUGGGAUUGCCAACAAAUUUGAUGAGACACCUCUGGACAAAGCCAAACUGAGACUAGCUGAGGCAUUAAGAGAUCGAGCCUUACAGCUCGGACAAGAUCUACAGAAAAUCCCAUUCAAGGACCGCAGCUGGCUGGGAUAUAAAACUAGGAGCAGAGAUGCCUUGUUAUCUAGACAUACUGGUAUAGACAUAGCACAGCUCAACCUCAGUAAACCUGUCACCACAACACACUCAGGGGAGCUCUGGCGGGGACAGUGGCAAGGCAAUGAUAUCGUGGCUAAAAUACUCAAUGUGAGGGAAUGUACAACGCGUAACUCUCGCGACUUUCAGGAGGAAUUCCCGCGACUAAGGAUCUUUAAUAACCCCAAUGUGUUGCCAGUCCUGGCUUGUUGUAACCAGCCCCCAAAUCUGGUGGUGAUCAGCCAGUUCAUGCCGUACGGCUCCCUAUACAACGUCCUACAUGGAGAAACAGGUAUAGUUCUAGAUCAGAACCAGACAUUGCGGUUUGCCAUUGAUGUCGCUCGUGGCAUGGAGUUUCUGCACUCAAUGGAUCCCCUUAUCCCAAAUCUCCUCCUUACCAGUAAACAUGUUAUGAUUGACGAGGAUUUGGCAAAGAUAAAUAUUGAUGAUCCUAAGUAUUAUGGUCCGGAUGGCACAGUUAACGGGAUUGAUGAAGAUUUGACAGCAAGGAUCAACAUGGCUGACUAUAAAUUCUCCUUCCAUGAGAAAGGCAAGCUGUACAAUCCAGCUUGGAUGGCACCAGAGGCGUUGCAGCGUAAACCGGCUGAUAUUAACCAACGAGCAGCCGACAUGUGGAGCUUCGCCAUGGUGAUGUGGGAACUGGAAACACGGGAGGUACCUCAUUCUGAUCUGGCCGCAAUGGAGGUGGGAAUGAAGAUUGCUAUGGAGGGUCUGCGCAUCAACAUCCCGCCUGGUAUAGCAUCACAUCUGUCACGCCUCAUUAAGAUCUGUAUGAACGAGGAGCCAGGCAAACGACCCAAGUUUGACAUGAUCAUCCCGAUCCUGGAAAAACUGAGGCAAAGAUAAACAGGGCAUCAAACGAGGGAGAGACAGGAGAAUAGGACCCAACAUUUACAACAUCUCGGGCAAAGUAGUCCGAUGAUGUAAAAACAUAACCUUCCCUGUGUCAGUGACAUACUCAUGUGUUAUUCAACGCAGCGCACCACUGCCAAAUCUUAGAUAAUAGUUGUUAACUCACUUUUGGUUCAAAUUGCUGUGCUGUCUUCCUGGAAAUUGAGUAAAGUUUGUGGUUGUCAGACUUCUAUACAGUCCUCAUAUCUACUGGAUUAAAAAGGAGUAGAGCAGUACCUAGGAUAAAAGUAGGGUGUUUUAUUGUAAAGACCUGAUCCUGUUUUCUAGUGUGUAUACAUGUAUUGAAGAAAGCUGGAAGGUUAUUUGGAAGGAAGUAUUUUGAAAAAAUAACAAAAUCCUGAAAAAUUAUUUAUUUUAAAUGUUACCGUGAUUCACUUAAAAAACCCAAAUAUGUUUUCAACAAUUAUGCUUUAAAAGACUUUGGAGCCUUUCAAUGAAGGAGGCAAACAGAUAUUUGCCUUAUUGGUUGAAGAUGGAGGGUUGAAUCAAAGAGUGACAAAGUGCUUAGUGUUCAUUUUUGUGAUUUCUUCGGCAGCAUGUUUUCGGAUGAUUUAAUUUUCACAAGCUCAAACAUCAAUAACAAUAAAUAUGGAGUAGUUGGUUUUACACUGGGGGAGUGUGUGUGUGUGUGUGUGUAGGGGGGGGGGGGGGGGACAUGUAUAAGCAUGCCCAUAAUAUACUUAAUUCUCCAUAUCUACAUUUAGAUAACAGUAAGUGAAUCACUUGUUGUAACAGAGUUGAAAUCCUGCUUAAACAUUGAUACUGACACAGGGCAACACUGUUGGGGUUCAGGUGAUAUGGUGCUAUCAGUUUUAAUAAUACCAAAUGCAAUUACAUGUGUUUAUGUUUGCAAGGCCAAAUAUUAUGAAUUUUGCUUAUUUAUUUGCAUGAUUGUAUGAACAUGUGUAUGGUGUAUUUUUAUAUGUACUGUAUAAUAUUAUUAUACUUAUAUUACUUGCAUUUUUUGUCAUGAAAACCAUAAUACAAAAUGCAUGAGCUUUAUACAUACUCCCUGUUAAGUUAAUGUAAACUGCUUGACUGCUUGACCUUAGUUUACUAGGCAUUACUUAGUUAGCGAUUAUACAAUGUUCAUGUUUUAUCUAUUGGUCUACAGCAGGAUCACGUUUCCAUGGGGGCCGGAUGUAAUUGUUUCAUGGAUACAUAAAACAAAAUGCAAUCCAAAUUGUUCAAACAUAAAGGGUGUAAAACUAUACUUUCUGUUGGAACAGACAAUCGUGGCCCCCAUAAAAAUUGAUGUACUGUAAGCCCUGGUUGCUGUGCCUUUUCAUGUUGUGAAAUAUAACUUGGCCUGUAUUUAGUGACUGUAUUUUUAUUUGCUUUGUUUCAAAGUAUACCAGCACUGAUAGCUAUGUUUCAUUAACUUUAAGACUUUGUAAACUGCCAACUGCCACAGAAGAUGUCAUAUUUUGCUAUUUGCUUCAAACAGAAUCUCCAUCAGAAAUGUAACUCUAUUACUUAGCUUGUUUUUUUUUCAUUUUUUGUUGUUGAGUGAACUUGCAUAAACAAGAUAACAGUAAUAAGUUCAUUGUAACAUAAUCUAAAUUCUCAACAAUACUCAUGUCAGUCUUCCAGAGAUGUUCUCAAGGGACGUCUGAAUAUAAUAUUUAGCUGAUUGUUUAAAGAUAAAAAGAAAUGUUUUUCUCUCGAGUAAACCAGAGACAUGAGCACAGAUUAUAGAAUUACUGUGUGUUGGUAAAUAGUAUAAAAAGUACAUUGAAAUCAAGAUGAUUUAAUCUGUAUGGCACAUAAAAUGAGCAACAGAAAACUGGCAUAUUUCUGCUAUAUUUUUUUUUCAAAACAAUGGUCAUAGUCUGAUGUCAUACAAUCCAGUAAUAUAUAAAGAUUAGGAUACCUGAUGUCAACAAGUGGCAUCAAUCUAAACACUCUAUACAGGUUAGCGAAGCAUCUACUUCAGUAAAAUUUGUAUACAGGUGAAUAAUGGUUGUUGAUCACUUAUUGUAACGGGAAUUUUCUGUUUCACUUUAUACUUUAAAACAUGAAUUAUUUGCAACAAUGUUGUUUUCACAUUUGAAUGCAAAUUUAAAACAGUGUCAACCAUUGUUAUGUGCAAGUUAAAUCUCAAACGUGAGAGUGAAUCUACUACCAAUUAAAAUAUUUUGAAAAUGCAUUGAUAUAUUAGGGGAAGAGAAAACAUUACUGCUAACCGUUCAACAGCAUAUAUUGAUCUCAUUACCAGAUGUAGCUAUAUAGAUCAGGUAUUUUUAUGAAAUCUUCCAGUGCUGAUUAAAAACAAUUUGUUACAUUUAUUCCUCGCUAUCGAAAGUCACGUUAAUGUAAUACAAAUCACAGGGGCAUGGAUCGCUUUACUUGUAAUAUAAAAAAAAAUA